UCAGUCUGUGUUGACUCAGUGCAGCAGCAGUGAUGGAGGACAACAUCAGCAGCUAGCAUGUCUCCUCCUCUGCAGACUCAUGUUGUGUAGUUGAUGUGUGAGGAUGUGUAGGAGGUUCACACAUACAGACACACACACAGAGACCCAAACACACACACACACACACACACACGCUAACAGCCUUUGUUAUCAGACUCGUCAGAUGAGAGUUGAGGUAUGUAGCUGCAGUCCUGCUCUCAUCAUCAGGUCAGUCCUGUGUUAACACAACAAACACACACACACACACAUCUACUCACACGAGCAGCAGCAGGAGCAGGACAGACCCAGACUCAGCCUCCAUGGCGGCCCCUCCUCGCUUCCCCGGCGGGAAGAGUGUGGAUGUUUCCCCGGCUAACUGGAGCGCCCCGGCAGCCAUGAGCAGGCCGCUGUGUGUCAACGGGACCCCGUGGAUCCUCUACCUGCUGGAGGAGUGUGUGGACAAUGUGUGGGAGUACUGCAGCGUGGUGAUAGGACUCAUAUCCAUGUUCUGCUUCCUGCUGUCCACUCUACCGCAGGUGUACGAGGCCUAUCGUAAUGGUAAAGUGGAGGAGGCCAUGUCUUUUGGCUUCCUCUUCUUCCUCUUCAGUGGAGACGUGACCAGUUUUGCAGGCUGUUACCUCACCAGCCAGCUGCCUAUUCAGGUUGUGACAGUGGUGUUCUACAUCUUCACUGAUGUGAUCCUCAUCUCCCAGUUCCUGUACUAUAAGAUAAAGAACAGCUCCAGCAGAAAGAGCCCUGUGCUGAAGUGGCUGUGCUUCACGUGGUGUGUUGCUGCUACAUUAGUCCUCCUGGCUUUACCCAAGCUCAUCAUUGACAAUAGUGCCAAUUUAGACACCCAGAGUCCAGCUGCCUCUAAAUCAGUUGAAAUCACUGGCUAUGUAUGUGGGUACCUGGCAUCUGUCUUCUACCUCUGCUCCCGUUUCCCCCAGCUCUAUAAAAAUUUCCGGCGACAGUCCACGGAGGGGACCUCUUACCUGUUGUUCGCCCUGGCCAUGAUGGGCAAUGGGACGUACGGGUUGAGCGUCAUCGUGGUGCUACCUGCGCUGAAGGGCUCCAAACAGACGUUCAUCAUUAAACAUCUGGCCUGGCUCAUUGGCAGCCUGGGAGUCCUCAUACUGGACUUCUUUGUAACUGCCCAGUUCAUCGUGUACAGAAAAAACCACCCUGCCAAAAGCAAAAAGCUGCUCAGCGUCCCAGAGGUGGAGCCUCUUCUGUGUGAGGAGGAGGAACUGUCCGUGUUAUAGGACACAGUACGGACACCGACAUUGUCAACAACUGACUGGUUAGUCUGUGUUUUGUUUUGGAUCAUUCGUUUGGGGUCUGUCUGGUCAUUGAUUUAGUCACAGAAAACAUAUGUUGCAGAAGCAUUUUGAAAAUGAGGAACCAGUGGAGCCAGCAGGUGACUGCACGGCAUCCUUCCUGUUGAAUUCUGUUUAUAGGACACACACAUGUUCAUCACUGUAGUUAACGUUGUUAUUAAUAAGUAAUAAUCAGGUCAUGGUGUUUUUCUCAUCACAUCACAGGUCAAGUUACACUACGCACCACUUUAUUAAAAUGUAAGUUAACAUUUAAGACCGAUGUGUUAGCAUCACUUCAAUCUUUAUCUUAUUAUGAGCACAUUUUGGAUUAACUAUACCUUUGGGACUUCUUGACCUUGUUUUGAUGGAAUAACUGAAUUUUUAUUUGCCACUGGAGAGCAAACCCAAAGGAGGAAGCUUGAUGCAAGAUUCAUGGUAGAACAAAGUGCCUGUACACGUUUUGACAAGGUAAAUACGACUGUAGGAGAUUGGACAAGGAUUUUUUCCCCCUCAUCUUAUUUGGUGUUUUAGUGAUGUAAGAUAUAGGAACCAACACUGAUGCUUUUUAUGUGGAGUUGACAAAUAGUUUGUGUGCUCCUGGUUUUCUUUUCUGCAUGGUUAACUGUGGCUGACAGGAAAUUGUCAUAAUCAAAAUAUUAGCUCACUAGACUUAUGCUUUCAAUGCAUUAGAAAUGGACAGAAUAUAGAUGUGUACAGGGGCAAUGCCUCUGCUUUGCCUCUUUCAAAGGGAUCAUCUCUGUUUUCCUAAGAAAGACUUGCUGCUUUUUAUAAGCUGAAUAUAGUCUUAAUAUAAAUGCACUGUAUAUAUAUUUGUGUAUGUGUAGCAGGUUGCAUUAACUUUUUUAAGUUUCCUCGUAAUGGCGUUUUCUAAGACAUUACUAUUCAACAAUGAUAGAUCUUAAAAUGGGAACAUCAUUAUGAUUUUAUGAAGCCUCAAAAUGUUUGUAUUCUGUCAUAAGGUUUAAAACAAGGAGCUCAUGUCAAGUCUGACUUUCUUUUCUUUUUAACUACCCUCCAAUGUUAGCUUCAUUAAAGAGUAAUACUUAAGAAAUAGAUGAUGACAAUAAAGGGGAGAAAAAGACAAAUGAGAACAAGUAGUUGUUACAUUGAUGAGCAGUUAGAGCAAAUAUGGAUUUAGAUAAUUCAUUAAACUAAUGGCUGCUCAAAUUUUGUGACACAGUGUGUGUGAAGUGGUGUCACAGUUUAAACAACCAUUGAACUAACAUACUGUACCUGCAGAGAUCUGCAGAUUCCUCUACCUCAUUAUUCUAUGGACAUGUUUAUUACUCCCAGCGUUCCAUUGUGAGCUGGCCUGAAAUUUGGGCACUUUGCUCCUGAAAAUUAAUUUAGUGUUAAAUUUAAUUAGAAAAUUCUAAUUUAUUUAAUAAUAUUGACACUGCUGUUUCAGUUAUGAAAUAUACAUUCCUUAGUGUCAUCAUAAUAAACCUGAGCAACAUUACUGACCAUUUUCUAAUCUUAGGCAGAGACGCAAUUAUGUGAAUUGUUGUAAAUUCUAUAGAAUUUGUCAAGACUUUGUUUACUAAUUAAUUUUUUUCUGUAGCAAAUCCAGUUCUGCAAAUUAUUUUUGUAUUGCACGAUUUAUACUUUAAUACCCUCUGAAUGAGUCUGAUGUACUUUUUCAAUCCAGAACAAACAAUUCCCUAUUUAUUGAAUAUAUUACCACUAUAAACUAUGCUGCAUUUAUAAUACUGUAGUUUAAUGGUGACACUGAUGUAAUGAUGUAUUUAUUUUCUUAUAACAUGUUUUUACAGAUGUGUGCACAUGAACAAAUACAUUGUAAUUCUGAGCUCUGCCAUGAUGUUUCGUGACAAUGUCCUCGAACUGAGAAAAACACAAACGUUAACUGUAUGUAGCCUAUAUUGAACAAAAGUUGAAUAAACUGGAAUAAGCCCUCA